UCUAUUUCUCUCUCAGAGCCAUGAACCCCUCUGCAGAAUUUGUAGAACACGGAAUGUCUCAAGAGAACUUGAAAAGGGUCUCCCGCACAACAGUGCUCAAGUUGGCUUAUCAAAGUCUAGGAGUGGUGUAUGGAGAUCUCAGCAUUUCUCCCCUCUAUGUUUACAAGACCACCUUCUCUGGCAAAUUGAGCCUCCAAGAGAAUGAUGAAGAGAUUUUUGGGGUGCUCUCCUUUAUCUUCUGGACAAUUACUCUCAUUGCUCUAUUUAAAUACAUAUUCAUAGUGAUGUUGGCCGAUGACAAUGGUGAAGGUGGUACCUUUGCAUUGUACUCCCUUCUCUGCCGACACGCAGGACUAAGCAUUCUACCCAAUCAACAAGAUGCGGAAAAGAACUUGCCUUCAUAUUUAACAGAAGAAUCUGCAGAAACAUGGCAGAGUUCUGCUCUGAAGUCAUUCUUCAAGAAGCACCCAAGAUUUCGCAAAGGGCUUUUUAUUUUUGUACUGCUUGGGACCUGUAUGGCGAUUGGAGAUGGCGUACUCACUCCUGCAAUAUCAGUUCUUUCAGCAGUUUCGGGCAUCAAACUGAAGAUCGCAGAACUUCAUGAGAAUUAUGUUAUCAUAACGUCAUGCAUCAUCUUGGUGGGGCUUUUCUCCCUUCAGCACCAUGGAACACACAGAGUAGCUUUCAUGUUUGCUCCUGUUGUCAUAUCUUGGCUUCUUUGUCUUGCUGGUAUUGGGGUGUACAACAUAUUUCGGUGGAAUUCUCAUGUAUAUCGUGCACUUUCUCCGAUUUACAUGUUAAAAUUCCUUAGAAGCACAAGGGUUGAAGGAUGGUUAUCAUUAGGAGGAGUGGUUCUUUCAAUCACAGGUGUGGAGGCAAUGUUUGCUAAUCUGGGUCAUUUCUCUCCACUCUCAAUUAAGAUGGCCUUCACAUUUCUGGUCUAUCCCUCUUUGGUUCUUGCAUAUAUGGGUGAGGCUGCAUACCUCUCUAAGCAUCAUGAAGAUAUUCAGAGAAGCUUCUAUAAAGCCAUACCAGAAGCUGUAUUUUGGCCGGUGUUCAUAGUGGCCACUUUUGCAGCUGUGGUAGGAAGUCAGGCUGUAAUAUCAGCUACUUUCUCCAUCAUCAGCCAGUGCUGUGCAUUGAAUUGCUUUCCCCAUGUUAGAAUCAUUCAUACUUCGAGUAAAAUAUAUGGGCAAAUAUACAUACCUGAGGUCAAUUGGUUGUUAAUGUGCCUGUCUUUAGCUGUGACAAUCGGACUGAGGGACACAAACAUGAUGGGUCAUGCAUACGGACUUGCAGUUACUACUAUCAUGUUUGUGACAACUUGCUUGAUGGCAUUGGUGAUGAUAAUAGUGUGGAAGCAGAAGAUAAUUUCAGCUGUUUCAUUUCUUUUGUUGUUUGGGUCAUUGGAACUGCUUUACAUCCCUGCAUGUAUGUUCAAGGUACCUGAGGGUGCAUGGAUUGCGCUGGUAAUGUCUUGUGUCUUCAUGGCUGUAAUGUAUGUAUGGCACUAUGGAACAAUGAAGAAACACCAGUUUGAUGUGGAGAACAAGGUCUCAAUGAAUAGGAUAGUGUCUUUAGGGCCAAGCCUAGGCAUGGUUCGCGUCCCUGGAAUUGGACUUGUAUACAGUAAUCUGGUGACAGGGAUCCCAGCUGUUUUUGGACACUUUGUGACUAAUUUACCUGCAUUCCAUCAGGUGCUUGUAUUUGUUUGCAUAAAAUCUGUCCAAGUUCCCUAUGUUAGUGAAAAGGAACAGCUUCUCAUUGGUAGGGUUGGCCCGAAGGAGUGUGGUAUGUACCGGUGCAUCUUGAGGUAUGGUUACAAGGAUUUACAGCAAGAAAAUUACAACUUUGAGAACAGGCUGGUGUCAAGACUAGUACAAUUUGUAGAAACGGAAGAAGAAAGUGCAUCAAAAGCAAGAGCUGAUUUUUGUUUAGAGUUUGAAAACUUGAAUACUGAAACCUUUGAUUUUUCAGUGCACAGUAUAGAAGGGGACAGUGUGAAGUCUGCACAUGAUAUUCAAGCAAUGACAUCUGGCAUCAGGCAUGUCGAAAGUUUUGUCCUAAAGGAUGAGUCUCUGCACAUUUUAAGAGCUAAAGAAUCGGGUGUCACAUAUGUUCUUGGGCAUUCCUAUGCAAAGGCAAAGAAAUCAUCUUCCAUCUUUAAGAAAUUUGCUAUUGAUGCAGUAUAUGCUUUUCUGAGCAAGAAUUGUAGAGAACCUAAUAUUCUUAUGAACGUGCCUCCUACUUCUUUGCUGGAAGUUGGUAUGGUUUACUACGUCUAAUAUCUAUAAUGCUAAAAAAAGAGGGGUUCACCAGCGGUCAGACUCAGAAUAUCUCUCCACAAGUGUUGUUUCUCCCCUCUCUCUCUCACAGAUUAUUUGUCACUGAUCUUUAGGUUUGCAUUGCCAGACUCUGAAAUCUUAGGAUGUAAAUCAUAUGAUUUUCAUCGUUUUGACAAGAGUAAAUCCAUACAGCAGAACUAGCACUUCCUUAAAACCAUUUCUUUUUCCUCUAUGGUAAUGAAUCGAAUGAUAAAUUGCUUUGAGCCUUUAGCAAGUUGUUAGUCUACCACCCUACAAGGUCCCCUGCCCAAAGUAGCAUUAGAAGCUAAAGAAGGACAAGGCCAAGAGCCCUCUAGAAAUUCCAGAUCUGUACCAGCUACUGUUCCAUUUAAGUCACUUCAAUUGCUUUUAAGGUUGUAAAGAAGCAUCUAAGUUCUGUCGAACCUAGUAAUUGUACCUCAAGUUUACAUGUUAAAGUGAGAGGA